AUGGGCACGAAGCAGACCAAGGGCUGCCAGCCGGGCAGCGCCGGGGAGAGCCCCCCGGGCCACCACCGCAAGAAGGUGUCCCCCAGGGAAAGGGGGGAUUUCCUGGCUUCCCUCGUGGCGAAGUCCGGCGAGAAGUUCGGGAAGGGCGCUGGCCCCAGCUUGCCCCCGUACCACCGGCGGAUCUGCAUGAUCCAGGACAUGCUGCUGCUGGUCAAGCAGGGCAAGCAGGAGGAGGCCACCGAGCUGCUGAAGAGCCUGCGGCAGGAUUUGGGGAUGGAGUCCACCUCUCUGGAUGAUGUCCUCUAUCGUUACGCCAGCUUCCGAAACCUGGUGGAUCCCAUCACCCACGACCUCAUCAUCAGCCUGGCAAGAUACAUCCACUGCCCCAAACCAGAAGGAGACUCCCUGGGAGCCAUGGAGAAGCUCUGCAGGCAGCUCACCUACCACCUGAGCCCCCACUCGCAGUGGAGACGCCAGGGCAUCAUGAAGAGGAAGCCGCAGUCCUGCUUGAAGGCCGUGCUGAUGGGGAAGCCCCAGGACAACACCGUGGACUUGUCAGGCAUCCCCCUGACCCUGAAGGACGUGGAGAGGGUCACGUCCUACCUGGAGCACAGCUCGGAGCACAUCGACACGGUGGAGCUGUGCUUCACCGAGCUGACGGACGAGCUGCUGCUGCAGCUGCUGCCCGCGCUCUGCUGCCUGCCCCGCCUCACCACGCUGGCCCUCAACGGCAACCGCCUCACCAAGGCCAUCCUCAGGGACCUCACCGAGACCCUCAAGGACCCCAACAAGUUCCCCAGCGUCACCUGGAUCGACCUGGGCAACAACGUGGAUAUCUUCUCGCUGCCCCAACCCUUCUUGGUCAGCCUGAAGAGGCGAUGCCCCAAGCAGGGUAAUCUGCCCACCAUCCUGGAGUUUGGGGAGGGGCAGGUCAGUGAUGUGGAGGGGCAGGAGGGGCUGGGGGACAGCCAGGAGGAGCUGAGGGCUGUGCCAGGCCAGGCCGGCAGCACGGACCGCGAGCGCACGGACGCGACAGCCGAGGCUGGCGAGCUCCCCGGCCCAGAGCGAGGUGCUGCCACACCACAGACAUGAUGUCCAGCCCUUGGGUGGGCACCUUGAGCAAGGAUGACUUCAAACCUCAGAGCUGGGGGCGUCUGUUCCCACUCCUGGGUGCUCCAAGAGUCCCAGCUGCUGCCUUCCCCCUGUGCCACGAAUGUCGGUGAUUUUCUUCUUGAAGAACACGUAAAAGCGAUCACGUAGAGUGUUUGUAUUUUCUAACAGCUGGCCAGGUGUUUUGAAGCA